GCGAUCGCAGUUCGAAAACUAUCGCGCAAACUGUAGGAUUCAAGGUUAUGUUACCGUCGGCGGUUUUCCUAGUGAUCGUCGCGUUUAUCGUGGUGUUGGCACUAUUUGAAUGGCAUUUACGUCAACGUGAUGGAUACCGAGCGGCUCGACAGUAUCCAGGCGGGACGAUGCUACCCGUAUUGGGCAACAUUAUGGAGGUCCUUUUCAAAGACUCAGUGCAAAUUUUCAACUACGCACGAUCGAAAGCACUGAAGCAUGGACAAUCGUACCGGCAGUGGAUCUUCGGAUACGUGAUACUGAAUGUGAUCAGACUCCGUGAAGCGGAGAUGAUUCUUUCAAGCACGAAGCACACGCGGAAGAGCGUAUUGUAUCGAUUCCUGGAGCCGUUGAUGGGCGAUGGACUUCUAUGCAGCAAGGGAAGCAAGUGGCAAGCGAGACGAAAAAUCCUGACUCCAGCGUUCCAUUUCAACAUCUUGACCAAUUUUCUGCAAGUUUUUCAGGAGGAGGCAAUGAAGUUGGUGGGGAUACUGAACGCCUUUGUUGAAAACGGGGAGGAGGUUGUUUUGCAAUCGAUUGUGACCAGGUUUACGUUGAACACUAUCUGUGAAACGGCUAUGGGAGUUAAAUUAGACUCGUACAAUGACGCAGACAAGUAUCGAUCGCAAGUUUACGACGUGGGUGAAAAGAUCGUUCACCGAACGACGACUCCGUGGUUGUACUAUGAUGGUAUUUAUAAUCUGCUUGGUUAUCAGAAACCAUUGGAGGAUGCUAUCGUGCCGAUCCAUGACUUCACCCGAAACAUCAUUCAACAGAAAAGAGAACAAUUAAAAAGGGUUUCAGCAUUGCAAGACACAGUUGCUGAUACAAUAUACGGUUCUAAACAGCGAUACGCCAUGUUGAAUACCCUACUGAUGGCCGAAGCAAAUGAUGCUAUAGAUGAAGAAGGAAUACGAGAAGAGGUGGAUACGUUUAUGUUCGAAGGUCAUGACACGACUGCAGGAGGUUUGAUUUUCUCAAUUCUGUUAAUGGCUACCGAGCAAGAAGCUCAACAACGCGUUUAUGAUGAACUAUUAAAAGCUCAUCGAACAAAACCGGAGCACGAGGCAUUCACCAUUGCGGAUUACAAUAAUCUGAAGUACUUGGAUCGGUUUGUGAAGGAAGCGCUUCGACUAUAUCCUCCGGUAUCGUUCAUCUCGCGGAACUUGACUGGGCCCUUGAACAUCGACUCAACGAGCUUUCCUCACGGCACGGUAACGCAUAUACACAUCUACGACCUUCACCGUGAUCCGGAGCAGUUUCCCGAUCCAGAGCGGUUUGAUCCGGAUCGGUUCCUUCCAGAGGUCACCGCUAAAAGGAAUCCGUACGCGUAUGUGCCUUUUAGUGCCGGUCCGAGAAACUGUAUCGGUCAGAAGUACGCUCUUCUGGAAAUGAAAACCGUACUUUGCACCCUUCUGAUGAACUUCCGCAUCCUACCGGUGACUGAGCGGCACCAGAUUGUCUUCACGGCAGAUCUGGUUCUGCGAGCAAAAACGCCAAUCAAAAUUAGAUUGGCAAAACGGGAAUCGAGUAGUUUAAUCAAGUCGCUUCAGGCGUAUUGUUCGGAUGAAAUGGAUAUUCUUCCCAAUUUUUGGUUCGGAGUGCUAAUUUUCUUAAUAGUGUUGCUUGUACGGGAUGUGAUUGACAAAAAUGGACGUCGGUAUCGGGCCAUGAAAAAAUUUCCCGGACCCCCAUGUUUACCGUUAAUUGGAACAUUGAAAGAGCUACUAUUCAAGAAUCAAGCUACGACCUACCAAUGGGCUCGUAAGUGGGCCAAACGAUAUGGAGGAUCUUAUUGGUUCUGGUUCAAUAGCGACCUCUUCGUACUUAACGUGAUUCGAGUUCGUGAAGCCGAACCAAUUUUGUCCAGUACCAAAAACAUCGACAAGAGCCGAUUCUACGAAUUUCUGCAUCCCUUUCUGGGACUAGGAUUGCUUAACAGUUCAGGACCGAAAUGGAUGCACCGUCGUAGAAUUUUGACCCCUUCUUUUCAUUUUAACAUUCUCAAUGGAUUCCAUCAAACGUUUGUGGAAGAAUGCGAUCAAAUGUUGGCAACGCUCGAUGAACACGCCAACAGAGGAGUAUCAACGGCACUGCAAUCAAUUAUGUCCAAGUUCACGCUGAAUACUAUUUGUGAGACAUCGAUGGGUGUAAAGUUAUCUAAGAUAUCAGGCGCCGAAGAAUACCGCACGAAGCUCUACGAAAUCGGCGAAGCCUUGGUCCAUCGUUUGAUGCGCCCAUGGCUGUUGAGCAAUUCUAUUAAUCGGCUGAUGGGCUACAAAACCGCUUUUGAUAAACUUCUCCUACCGGUUCACUCGUUUACAACCAGCAUCAUCAACAUGCGACGAGCUCAGUUCCAGUCGGAGCAAUUCAGUGAAAUCACCGAAGAAAACAUUUACCUUAACCCGAAAAAGCGCUACGCCAUGCUGGAUUCACUCCUACUCGCAGAACAAAAGCAACUGAUCGAUGAAGAAGGUAUUCGAGAGGAAGUUGACACGUUCACCUUCGAAGGGCACGAUACAACCGCUGCCGCCUUGACUUUCAUAUUCUUCACUCUAGCGCGCGAGCAAAAAGUUCAAGACCGCAUCUACAGCGAAGUCGUACAAAUCUACAACAGUAAACCCCACUCGGACCACUCCUUUACGCCACAGGACUACAAUGAGAUGAAGUUUUUGGACCGAGCUCUGAAGGAGUGCCUGCGUCUAUGGCCACCGGUCACGUUCAUAUCGCGAAACAUCUCCGAGGACAUUGUCCUCGAUGAUGGGAGUAUUAUCCCAGAGGGAUGCGUCGCAAACAUUCAUAUUAUGGAUUUGCAUCACGAUCCGGAGCAAUAUCCAGAUCCUGAACGUUUCGAUGCGGAUAGAUUCUUACCGGAAGAAGUAGAUCGACGAAAUCCUUACGCCUACGUACCGUUCAGUGCUGGUCCAAGAAACUGCAUCGGACAGAAGUAUGCCAUGAUGGAACUGAAGGCGGUGGUGGUAAAUGUUCUAUUGAGAUUUCGGGUACUUCCGGUUACUCGGCUGGAGGAAAUAAAUUUUGUGGCCGAUUUGGUGCUGAGAAGCACCAACCCGAUUGAGGUUAAGUUUGAGCGGAGGUAAAAAUUCAAGAACAUACAACUGAAUAGAUAUAACUUUAUAGCAUUGAAUAAAUGGUCGACAAAGGAUGGGCAGCAUUUUUUAUUUGUACAUAUACAGUAUGGCCCAUACAAAAGUCAAAAAUAUGAAAACCAUAAUUACGUAGCUACAUAGUUGAGAAACUAUGUUACCGUAAUCCGGAGGAACAUUGAUCAUUUUUUUAUUGUUUUGUAAAUAUUGUGCAUUUAGACCAAAACUGUUUGUAUGACUGAUGAACUGGCAGCAAGGCCC